GUUAAAACAAUAACUUUGUAACAACGCUGUCUUUUAGGAUGAAAUAAGAUGCUCACAAUCCAAGUUUAAUUGUAUUGAUGCAGCAAUCUUAUUCAAGAACCACUAAACAACCAUGAAUUCCUGAUCCCCAACAACAUCAGUAACACAGCAACCGUCUGCCAGCAUAAGAUUUCCCAUUGUGGGGGCUGCAUUUCCUAUUUACUUGGUUCUUUCUCAGUAGCAGCUUAAAAUGUUGCACAAGGGUUUCUUUUCUGUGCUUCUCGAAUUACACAAUUUACCCUUUCUUUAUAACAGACAAAUGUUGCAGUUCAUGGUUACUACAGGGUGCAGGCAGGGGGUUGUUGCAUUCUGAGAGAAACAGCCAGUUUGUGGCUAUUAGUUAUUUAUUUUUUCUAUUUCAGGAGUAACCAGAAAUCACAGACGGGAUUCUACUGUGUUUUGGAGUGCACAAACGUACCUUUAAAUCUGUCUCCCAUUAAGGUCUUAACUGAUCAUCCCCUAAAGAAAAUAUUACGUAAACACAACAGGAAGCCCAGAGAAAAAGGGUUUUUUUUUUGUUGUUGUUUUGUGGUGGUUUUUUUUUUUCGGAGCCUUAAGUAAAACAUUAGCCUAAUUCGGAAGGAUGUUAUCUUCAUACGGCGCUCUUCUGAGUUUAGAACUCUAAUUAAUUUCAUCCGCCGGGCCUGCGCAGCGUACAAUUAAAAGUUUACGAACUUUAUGAAGCUCAGCAUCCCCGCCUUCACGUGUCUGGCUGCCGGGGAUGGAGACCGCAGGUGACGCGACAAGAAGAGCCUUCGGGUGAGGAGCAACCCCAAGCCCUCCUGGCCCUGCCCAGCCUCCCCACGGCCAUCUCCUGAGGCCGUGCCGUGCCGUGCCGUGGCAGCAGGGCUUUGGCGAGCCCGCAGGACUACAUCUCCCAGGGAGCCUCGCAAGGCCGAGCCGAGCCGGGCCGAGCCGUGGCGCGCCCCGGCGGCUCAGCAUGGAGAGCCCGGCGGUGACCUUCACGCUGGCGUACGUGGUGUUCGCCGUCUGCUUCGUCUUCCCCCCGGACGAGGUGCGCUCAGCGGGGCUGACGGUGCAGAGCCUGCUGGCCGCCUGGCUGGGCAGCGAGGACGCGGCCUUCGUGCAGUACCACCUGCGGCGCAGCACCGGCACGCUGCUGGCUCACUCCCUCCUGCCCCUCGGUUAUUACCUUGGUAUGUGCUUUGCUGCACCUGAAAAACACCUUUAUUUUUUCUACCUGGCUUCAAGUGGAUGGAAAACUUUCUUGUUUUUCGCCGUUCUCUUUCCAGCGGUGGCUGGUGCCCUGGCAUAUUACUGGUCACGGAAGGGUUGGAAUAACCAUCCGUUAGCCCGGACGCUCGCUGUUCAUGCUCUCCCACAGUCAGGAUGGAGGGCAGUGGCUUCUUCCAUCAAUACAGAAUUUAGGAGAAUUGACAAAUUUGCUACUGGAGCCCCAGGAGCGAGGGUGAUCGUUACGGACACAUGGGUGAUCAAGGUGACCACCUACUGUUUACAUGUUGCCCAGCAGCAGGACAUUCAUUUGACAGUGACAGACUCCAGACAGCAUGAGCUCACACCAGACUCAAAUAUGCCUGUGCAGUUCCUCACCAUCCGUGUUGCCAGUAUUAAUCCCUACGUGAAGGCAUUUGAUAUUCGGCUGAACUCCACAGAGUAUGGGGAGCUCCGAGAAAAGCUCCGUGCUCCCAUCAGCAAUGCAGCUAAUGUUGUGAUCCAUCAAAGCCUCAGUGAUUUAUUUCUAGAAACCUUUACUUCUCUGGUGGAAAUUAACCAGCCUUAUUCUGUUCCAAGCACUCAGGAGCUGGAGCCAUGCAUAGGGUGUAUGCAGACUAUUGCAAACAUCAAGCUCAUCAAGAACUGCCAGGAGCCAAAUGAAGGGGAAUGCCAGCAAUGCUACUGUCGUCCUAUGUGGUGCCUCACCUGCAUGGGCAAAUGGUUCGCUAGCCGACAGGAUCAGCAGCACCCAGAGACCUGGCUGUCGAGCCGCGUGCCUUGUCCAACUUGCCGAGCCAAGUUCUGCAUUUUAGAUGUUUGCAUAAUACGAUGAAUAAUACUUGGAUAUGCUUUAACUUUUUAAAUCUGAAGGUAUUUCAUAGUGGUUUUGGUCAAAUGGCCUGUUGGCAUUUUCUUACACUUCACAUUCUACAGGAAUUCAAACUCCAGAGCUUUCUUUUACAGCCUUUAAAAUGGAUGUUGAUCUUUUCAGUUCCUUUCCAUUUUUACCUGUGUCUUUGUUUUUUUAUUCAUCAGAUGUCAGUUUCUGGAACUGCAAUAUUUUGUUUAUGUUGUGGAUGGAAUAAGGUUAUCCCGUCCAUGUUUGCAGUAGUAUUCUCUUUUUAACAUAGGUAUUUCUGAUUCUUUCAUAAAGGGAUAACUGAAAAAAAAUGACUUUGGUUAGUCUUCAUUGAUACCUUUGUUUUUAUUUAAUCUGUUUGUCAAGUUAUUAUUCAUCUUGGCGAGUGUUCACCAAGCAAGUAUUCCAGUUGAGUUCCUUCUGCUGGUCCCCUCCAUUUGUAAAGGGAAUGGGUUUCUGUAAACUCAGGAAUUGAAUUCCUGAAGAUAUGCAGUUCCCACAGGGACUUUUUAUUCCAACUGCCUCUAGUUUAUUUUUUGAUGGACAUAUUUAUUUCAAACAACAUAAGGAUUCAGAACCGUACCCUGCUUACUUACACUGCUAAUGCUGUGCGUCAUUAAAUCUGUUGGUUUCCAGGAGCUACAUUGCUUAGGGUUUCAGUGUUUUCUAGAUGAUGGAUUUUUUUCUACAUUUGAAAGGAGCGCAGCAAAUAUCCAAACCAUCAAAUUACUCUGAAAGAGUGCUCAGCUUUUUCAAAGCCUUUAAGUUUUGAAAGGUAACCUUUUCCCUGAAAGAGAUGCCGGGAUCACAGAGGUAUAAGUUGCCAUGCUAGAUGCCCCAAGAAUGACCAUCAUUCGUUUCACUAAUCAGAAUUUUUCAGGUGUGCACUUUCAAGACUGCUCAUAAGCAGUAUUCAGUGUUUUAACAUUCAGAGGGUACUGAUGCACACUUCGGGAUAUGGUCUGCACCAGGAUAAUUUGCAAAUUUAAAUCAAAGCAUUUUCCAUAAAUUUAAGAGAGUCCUUCUCCUGGACCUAAAUGCCGUGCUUACUGUUUUGUAUGUCCAUCAGACCCUUCAAUGAACAAUUGCUUGUCACAAUGCUUGGUGAAAAGCUUCAAGGUGCUGGAGAAUGUGUGUUUGAGUUCUCACGCUGAUCUGUGCACUGCAGUGGCUGAGAUGCAGGUAUUUGCUUAUCCAGGUAGUCCAUCUUAGAGGGGCAGUAACCUCUGGCAGACAGGUGGGGCAGAUGGUGA